AUGCCGACAACCCCGACUACGGGUACCCGACAAGCUUGCCCCGUGUCCGAGUCCGCGGCCAAGAGGAGGAAAAUGUUGGAUGAGGUGGGUAGGUAUUGUACCUACAUGCAUAGUUGGGUAGUACUACUGGAGUGGGUGCUGCGAGCCCGCCUUGCGGAGAUCGUCUUCGGGGCCGACACCCGAUGUUCUUGA